CUCAAACAAAGUCAAAGACGUUCGCUUCGGAAUUCCAUUUCUUUCCUUGUUUGUUACCCGGGCUAGCAAUAACUAGCGUUAGAUCGAUGGUCAGUAUUUCGGACGUCGUGUCCAGCGCUAGCAGUGGCUUUGGUCGAUGACCUUAGGGUAACUGGUUGUACAUGGUGCGCCCGCUGCUAGACAAGGUACCUUCCACUCUCUAGCUCUGUCCGUGGGCGUAGAUCUACGCGGUUCGUUGCCACAAUCGAGGUGCUAGAUCUACAUCGUUAGCGCUGAGAGCUAGACUGAGAGCGAAGUCGAAUAUUUCUGGAUGGCUGAUCAGUGAUCUGUAGCUCGGGGCACUCGACUCCCUCUCUCUCGACGCGUGGCCCCAAAAAUAAGAUAGACGUCUAGACGUAAUAUAUUCGGUUCGUGGAUUAGAUCAAAGAACUAACGACAGUAACGACUUACGUUACUUCUCCUGGACCUGGGCGGCUACGGCUGGGAAGAACAGCUAGCUCAGUUGCUGUACUGACUGACCACAGUUUGUUUCUUGAAGUUGAAACUAACUUUUGAAACUCAUUUUCCGAUCAGCGGAAGGCAAGGUGGUGGACCUGGCGUUAGCACCUCCGAAGAAUCAGUUCACUGCAAAUCAAGAUGAGCGACAGCCGAUCCACGGUGAGCAGAACCUCCUCCGGCGGUAGUCUCGCUAGCGCUGCAAGUGCGAAUGACCGGCAGCCAGCAGCUGCGACGCAUCGACGUGUUCGCACCGUCUCCGCUGAUAGACCAUUGCGCGGCGGGUCGCCCGAUCAAGGGACGUCCGACGAGCAGCCGCGUCGCCGCAAGGGGCGAAGUCGCACCGUCUCCGGCGGUAAAACGUUUCGCAGCGGGCCACCGAGCCCGACGCCUGAGGAGCGCCGACAGCUAGAACAGUCAUUCGUCCUGGACAGUGUGGCGCUAAGCAUGCGAGCAAAUGCCGAGCCGAAUCGCACCGGUCCGUCCAUGAACAUCGGUAUACCUCAGUACAAUGCGCAGCAUGAUGAACACGCAAAGACCUACUUCAAGUCAAAAGGGGUGGAUAAGACCCUGGAAACGACACAUCAGGCGAAUGGUGGCUCAUCAAUGCUUGGUGUGGUGUGGGAUGAGUACGUCGCUGGCAGCCAUAGCCUGUAUGAAUUGGCGGAACGCAAUGCACAGGGCGCUGGACAUGACUUCCACGAAUCCGUAUGUGGUCAUGACAUUCCCAUAUCAGAACCGUUCAAUGGUUACAACGGGGUAAAUGGCUACCGACGCAACACCUGGCAACUGCGUGGUGCUCCCUCAUCAUUCGGAUUUCAAGGUCAACCCCAACAGCCUAAAGCAUCUGUUCGACUAACCGGCAGCCUCUACGACUAACCGGCAGCCUCUACGACUAACUGAAUCUCGCCGUGGACGUUCCUGGACUACACGUAGAAGAAAUGGCUAGCCAGGUAAAGAGAGACGCAACGCGGGCAAGGCAGCGCAGUGGAAGCGGUCAAUAUGCUGACGUGGGAUUAGUUCAGUGUCGAUCAGCAGAGCUCUCGCGAAGUGACGUGGUUCGAUGAGCUCGGAUGGACACACCGAAUGCUGCAACAAGCAACCCUAACAUGUCCUCUGCAGAAUACGUGAUGAGAAAGAUGAGCAUGUAGCUACACUGCAAACUGUACCCGUAUAAUGUAGCUAUAAACAGAACCGAGCAAGCCUCCUCAAUACUACAAUGAAGGCCACCACUGUACAUAACACUGUACAUAUGAAUGCAAGUGACAACACUCAUACAUGUACAUGGUGGUGGGACAGAUGAGCAAGUAGCUCCACUGCAAGCCAUGCCUGUAUAAUGUAGCUGUAAACACAACCCAGCAAUACUACACAGCCCAGGCCAACACUGUACAUAUGAAUGCCAGUGAUUUAGAUUAAAUGCGAGCUAUCCCCUCCCCCCCCCCCCCCCCCUCUCUCUCCACAUUGCACUUUCCCAUGACUAAUACAGUUUUACAUCAAAAGCUAUGAAAUACGAUUGUUGAUCAAUUGCUACUUCACUUUUCUUCUUCGGAAAGCUUUAUCAGUUUUCCAUGCUCUUCCUGCGUUGUAUAAGGACAACUUUGCAUGGUAAAUACUUGGUUCAGGUCUAAAAAAAUAACAAUUUUAUGACUA